AUGCUGAAACCAUAUCAGAUAAUAGAGAAUUUAAAAUUAUUUCAAAACCCAUGUACUUAUCCGCUAAAUUCUGUUUGGCCACCAGGUAGAAGAUCUGCCGUAUUAGUACUUUUAUUUAUUGGCAACAGAGGAGAAUUACGAGUAUUAUUAACUAAACGGUCAAGAAAGCUAAGGUCAUUUUCGGGCCAAGUUUCUUUACCUGGUGGGAAAGCCGAUUCACCCUCAGAAACAUUUGAUUCAAUUGCGAGAAGAGAAGCAAUGGAAGAAAUCGGGUUACCCAUGGAUCCCACUAUUUUACAAAAUAAAUAUAACAUGAAACUUGAACUAGCUUCUAGUGAGAUUCCUUGCUAUAUGUCAAAGACAUUAUUAAGUGUGAAACCAGUUAUCUAUUUCCUAUAUAAUAGUGAUUGCGACAUUGCUACCAGCAACACUCAAGGUGUGAGUGAUAAUAAAUAUAGUAAACCACUAAAUGUGAUAAAUUUUUUUGGUAAACUAAACCCUGGCGAGACAUCAUCUCUAUUCUCCAUACCAAUAAAUGAUUUAAUAUAUGAGGAUCUGAAACAACAGAAAUAUGAACCAGAAUAUUCGAGUAAAAUAUCCAAUAAUAUAAAUUGGGGUGGAUUAAUAUGGAAUGUGAAACAUUUCCAUUAUCCCAUUGAUAACCACAAAGAUGUAACAUGGUUGAACCGUAUGGAAGAUUUAAGUGUAAGUACCUCUACCUCGGAGUAUGAAGACAAUAUGAAUUAUAUAAAACAGAUAAAAUACAGAGACGUAUGGGGUCUUACAGCUAAGAUCAUAGCAGAUAUUGCUGCAAUCGGUAAUAAUUUAGAUAUCAACGACAGUUAUAAACGAAGUAUGGGACAUGAAGACUUAAUUUAUGGGUUACAUGAUUUAGGUCAUCAAUUCCAAGCAGAUGGAAGAAGUAAAUGGGAGAAAGCAUUAAUCAAUAAUAAACCUGGUACCAAAUAUUCUGAUGUUUUACCAGAGACUUUUAUAACACAAUUAAAAAAGAAUUCACUAUCAUUUUAA